ACCUAGCCUAGCCUCCAAUCCGCAACUGCGUUUCUCCCUCCCUCAUCCUCCCUUUUCCCUCGCUCGCCAUCCGCCGCCACACAGAUCCACCGCGUGCUCCCGUCCUCGAGCCCGAGGCCGCUUCCCCUUCGCGCCACCGUCGUGGCUUAGGCCAAGGCAACGACCGGGUCUUGGUGGAGGCAGAAGCACGUGGAGAGCCCGGCGGCUGCAGGUAGAAGCAGGGGUUGUGCAGUGGUGGAUGCGGUCGGCGUCGGUGAUUGAGGAAGGCUCGCCGGUCAGAGCGGCCGGAGAAGAUGGAAAGGAUAGCACGACCCUGCACAAUACGCACCCCCGGCCACCGCCUGCUCGUCCUUCAUGUGUUGUCAUCGCAGCUUUUGAAAAAGGAGUAGGAGGAGCCACAGAUGAGGAGGAAGGAGACCAGCAAGGGGACGAGAUAUUCUUGUUCAAUUUGGUUCUCAUGGUGGCAUCUUUAGGUUCCAUCUUUGAUGCUUGGAUUUGUUGUCUAGCCAGCAGGAGUAGGAGACAGUGAGUAUCAGGAAGGAGACAAGCAGGGGGAAGAGAGACUCUUGGGUGUGGGUGUAUUGUUAUUUAUUGAGUCAAUUGAGAAAUCCUUUGCUUCUUCUAAUAUUAAUAAAUACAAAUUGGUGCCUUCAGUUAUUCUACUACCACUAUUAAGCUUGCACGUGCAACGCACGACAAUACAAUAUAAAAAAAUCUCAUCCAUCUAGCUAGACUUAUGAACCAACAAGAAAAACAUCUUACCUAAAUUUUCAGACGCAACAUUUAACCAAAUAGUUCCAAAGAAAAUAUUUUGAUAAGAUAUCCGAACCUCUAUAGUUGCAAAUUCAAUGCACAGACAAACAUUUUAUGUUGUAAUAAGUGCUUGGUCGUCCAAAAUUCUAAUACGCUUUAGAUCCUUAUUAAUCAUCUCAAGCAUCAGAUAAAGUUAUAUUCAUGUGAAGCAAAUUGAUUAUAUAAGAAUGUUUUCUUUCGUCGCACAAAAAUGCAAUAUUCCAUUCACGAAAUCCUUAAAUAUGCGCGUGCGAGCGCGCACACACACACACACACAAAUCAAGUAUAUCGAUAUUACAUCACAAAAACAAGUAUUUUUGUAUUACAUCUUAAAGAAAGUACACUCAUAUUCCAUCGCAAACAAGCAUAUUAUUUUUGAAAAGUUGACAUGAGCAAUGUCGUAUCUAUUGGUAGUCGUAGAUAGUUUUACAAUCGGAUCCAUACAGCCAAGCUCCCAAGACACUACCUCAUUCUCACUAACUAUCUGAUCAUUCCCUAAAAAAAACUAAUUCUGAUCUUGAAUGUGGCGUCACUGAUUCCCCUGUAACUUCUGAGGUCUCACGCAUGUAUAAUAACCAAUGAAAACUGGACGCGGAGUAACUGCACACGAGCUCAAAUGCUCUCGUUAUCCACAGCGUUGGCUGGCGCCUAUAGAUCUGUGCGAUUAUUUUAUACUACCGCUGUUGGUCGUCCAGAAAUCGAGCACUGUUCCGAAAUACGUACACGGCAGCGGUGUACAUUGGGCCAUGUUUAACGCUCCGGAUGAGGGAAGUUUGCCGCUGGGGAGGUGUUCCAUGGAUCAGAAUCAGAGCCGCCGUCCGAUCCGUGCAUCGUGAAGUUCGCUUUACCGUCCGGCUGGCCCUGAGUCAAAUUGAAUGCAGGGUCCAGCGUGUUCUUUUGCAAGGCGAGUGGCGGUUUGAAGGCGACGAGUGGGAGAUAGAGAUUCGGAGCGGCGGCGGCGAUCCAACAUGAAGUUUUUUGUGCAGCCGAUAGGCAGAUCUGCUCUCCUUGAGUGGGUAGGAGAGAGUCUGGUGCCUCCCCCAUGUAGUUGUGAAUGGCGGUGUGGCGGCAGAGCAAUCGCUGUCGGAGCAGCAGAUGGCGGCCGAGAGCGGCGAAGCACAAAUCUUGGCGGUGGCAGAGGCUGCAGCGGGCAGAAGGGAAAGCUCCCCUCGAAAGUCCGAGCUCUCGAUGGGGAAGAGGAAUCCCCUGGUGCCCGGAUGGAAUAAGAGGCUAAGGAUUGGUGCUGCUGCACCAAGCAUGACACCGUGUCCGAAUCGAAUCAGUGCGUUCGAGAAGGCUGUAAGAUGUUUUGCAGAGAAGCCAGCUUCAAAUGUUCUUGGCACUACAUUUGACUCCUUGGGCAAGGCUUGUGACUUCUACAAUCUGUAUUCAUGGGAAAAAGGUUUUGGCAUUCGCUAUGGGAAGAGACGGCUAAAUGUGGAGUGGGUAAAAUGCAUGCAGGAAAUAGUUUGUGGCUGCUCGGGUAAAGCUGCGGUAGACUUCUACAGGCAGAAGACAAUGGAAGAUCAACAGGGACCAGGCGGAUGAUGAUGUGAGGAAGACAAUGGAAGUUUUUGCAGACAUUGGAGCCAAGGAUCCGCAUUUUACAUACCGGGUUCAGGCUGACACUGAGGGCAGGUGCUCGAUUUCAUUAGGGCUAAAGAAAUACCAGCUAAGCAUAUAGUGAAGAGAUGGACGAGGGAUGAUCGCGACGCUCUGCCACCUCAUUUGAUACAAUACCAAAAGGACAACAUGCAGAACAACCCUUUUUCGUACAGACACUUCACGAUGUACUUGCACGCCAUGGAUCUAGUCAGGCCGGCGACACUAGCGUUGAAGCCUACAAUCGGUUGCUGUAGUUGUUCAAGUCCAACUUGAUAGUGAUGUUACCCUAUGUAGAAGUUAGGGAUGGUCUUGGCCAGACUGGCGGACAGUGGUGCCGUAAAUCAGAGCCCCAUGGAGAUGGUUGCAGUGGAACAAAACAUUAUCGUCGAUGGAGGUACUGCUGAUUUAGCGGACAAUGAUUCUGUGUCGAGGACAAGCAACAUGUUGGAAGGACUACUGGCUCCAGCAAAACAGAAAGAUAUUGGGCGGCCAACGACAAGUAUGGAGAAGGCUCCAUAUGAAGUCUAAGCAAGAGGACUAGGUUUUGCACGAUUUGCAGAAAGCAAGGGCAUAAGCGAACUACAUGCCCCGGCCCUGGUGAUGUCCCCAAGCAACCUUGGUAGCCUGCGAAAUGCAAGAACUGUGGCGUGAGGGGCACACCGACAAAAUAAUUGUAAUAAAGCAAUGGAAUUAAGGCUGGCAAAUGGAAUGUAGAAGCUGAUGUGGCUCAUGAUGUCUUUUCAGUUAUCUUAUUUGCCAUUGAGGCAUAUGA